UUCUUACCUUUGCAACAGCAAAUGCGCAUACCCAGUUCUGCAUCUUCAAAUCCCAUCUCACGUCGAAUCCAACCUAUACCGAACCUCUCAUCCAUCAACCAAUCACACAAUAUGUCGUCCACCAUUCCUAAACCCGUAACCUCCCCGCCUACAACCACCCACGUUCUACUCACCUACCCGUCUCCCUAUGUCCUCCUCGUCACCAUCAACCGCCCGCGCCAGAUGAAUAGCAUUCCUUUCGCGGGUCAUACCGAGAUGGGUCAGGUUUUCGACUGGUUCGACGCCGAACCCAACUUGCGCGUCGCCAUCGUCACGGGCGCCGGUGACAGGGCCUUUUGCGCGGGUCAGGACCUCAUCGAGCUUGGAAAGAUCGGACAAGGCAUCGUUGAGAAGGAUGUCGCGAAACAGAGACACCCCUUGAGUGGAUUCGGGGGAUUGAGCAGACGGAGUGGGAAGAAACCCGUAAUUGCGGCCGUUAAUGGAUUGGCUCUUGGGGGUGGCUUCGAGACUGUGCUUGGAUGGUGGGUUCCCACCUCUUCUCUCUGUAGAAAAUUGUUUGGCUUUCCGGCUCGAAUAUGCUUGUGCGCUGCACCAAGCGCCAUCUUCGGUCUCCCAGAAGCUCUUCGAGGUAUAUACGCCGCUGCUGGAGGUCCAGCGCGCCUCGUGCGCAACGUCGGCAUCCCCAUCGCCACCGAGAUGGCACUGACCGGCAAACCCAUCACUGCGCAGCGCGCCAAGGAGCUCAACCUAGUGAACCGCAUCGCUCCCUCACAAAGCACGGUGGUGGAUGAGGCGGUGAAACUUGCUGGCGAAAUUGCAGCUAUCAGCCCAGAUGCGGCGAUUGUCACGAGAGCGGCGCUGAGGGAGGCGUGGGAGACGGGUAGUGUGGAAAGGGCUACGCAGAUUACGAUUGAUAGGUACACUGCGGCUUUGAAUGCUGGCGAGAACGCGGCGGAAGGUUUGAGAGCAUUUGCUGAGAAGAGGAAACCGGAUUGGAAGCCUUCCAAGCUUUGAGCGUUUUGAGCGCUUUCAGCGAAGAAAAUGUACAGCAUCAUAUCUAGAUAUUUAGCAAUUGCAUACCAGACUUGUAU